GAGCACAUGCUUGUGGUGGGCUGUUUGUCUGAGUGAAACUGGCAUGGCAUUCCCGUUCCCACUGCAUCUGUUCUCCAUUAGAGGAGCUGAGAGUAUAAAGCAGGGAGCUGACAGGGGCUGGGAGCUAGUCUAGUUCCUGCCUGGCUGGAUCAUGGGGUUUAGUGUCUGGCUGUGUGUUCUGUGCCUGCAGGCAAGCCUGCUGUCGUACACCCUGGACUGCUCAGAGGGAAUCCAGGGAGAGCUGUGUGCUGGUGGACAGACCGCAGACAGACAGCAUGAUGACAAAAGACCACAGAGAGGGCUACACUUACCUGAACAGCUGGAUUUGUUCAGACGUAAGCGGCAGUUGGAGCGGACGGGCCCCACCCACCUGAGUCACCCCAGCCUACCAGGAGCCGUCUCUGUCAAGGGCUUCCCUAACACUCUCAUCCAGGCUGAUAGGUCGAGGAGACACUUGAUUAAAGCUGUGAAUAAGAAGAAGAACUGGCAUAAACACCGUGCAGGCUCUUUCUCCCUCCUUAGAAACAACAAGACAGCCAACCCCCUACAGGUGACCAGAGUGAGAAGACAGGUGAAGCUUGAUCCACCCAAGAGGGGGAAGUCAGGUCGUUCUGGAGCAUUCUCAGUACUGGGAGAUCCUCAGGCUGACGGACAGAGCGAAAGGCCUGAAAGGAGCAUGUAAGACAUGAAGCACCACAGCAUGGGAAUGCAAAUCAUAACAAAGGAUGUGCACAGUACAGCCAAAAGAGGAAAUUGUAACAGAGAAAGGCUAUGAAAAUCUAACAUCUAACUGUGUUUAUUUAGUAUUUCAUCAGAUAACUUUUAAGUGUCUACCAUAAUUUUUUUACCAGAAAGCUGACUAACAUAAACCAGCGCGACCCUAUGGUGCAUUCAGUUUUAUUCUGUGUCUGCAUGUUACAAUAAGAAAUCUUGUAUUCGUAUUUUACUUUGCUUUAUUUUGCUGUAACCUAUUUAAUCGCAUCUAAAUGUUUGGAGUAUAUUUUUGCACAACAGUUUUUUUUUUUUCUUGCUGCCAUGUCAGGUUUCAAUAAAACUUUAAUAGAGAUUUAUAAUUAACAAGUCUUUAAAAAUGUAUACACUUUUAUUAAGGAAGUUUGAUUUUAUUUCUCUUCACUCCAUAAUAAGUUACAUUUUUAUUUUACUAUAAGGAAGCCUUUAAAUGGAUCAUCAGGGGGCCUUGAAUGACCCUAUUUACAAAGCCGAGUUACACAUGGCAAACAUUACAGGUAUACCAUGGCUGGCUGCAGGGUGGACCCAGCAGGAGCUUACAAGAGAUCCACUAAUCCAUUCAAAUUACUGCCGCCAACGGCAAAAAGCUUCCAUGUAAGAGAGAGAGGGAAAAAAAUUCAAAAUCAAGUCCAGACCAUCUGUUGCAAGAGCUGGACUAUUUUAAAAGUGCCAUUUUACUUAUUUUUGGCCAGAAAUGGAAAUGUAGUUCAGUCUGGACAGAAAGAUUUGUUUCAGCAUUACACUGGAAACAAGGAUGGGAAAAUAUGUGCACAAAAUGAGAUGUUUGUAGACUGCUAUGAGGUCUGGUCUCUGUGGAAAAACACCUGUGCGUUACUAUAAUGAAUGUUGAGUAUAGGGACACAGUCUAAACCUGUUUACUUUUCUUGGAAAACAGCACAAUCCAUUCAACAAAGGUUUACCUUAAAUGUUUUUUUACAGGUCUUGUUAAAAAAGUUCAGUGUAUUUUACUGAGACACACACAAAGAAUAGUGUGUACAUAUAUUGCUCUACCAGCUUUGCAAAUUUUUGUUCAUUCUUCAAAAAAGGUCAAGUUAGCAAUCCAGUUAAGUCAGACUGGAAAAAUAACAUCUUUGAAAGUCAGUUUCCAAACCUUUCCAUAUAUUUUGUAUUGUAUUUAGGUCUGGACAUCAACUUAUAUGCUUUCCAUUGUAGCUUUGACUGUAUGUUAAGGGCUAUUACUCUGCUGGAACGUGAAGCUCCACAUCAAGUCUUUUGCACAGUCUAACAGGUUUUCUUCCAAGAUUGCCCAGUACUGUAUUUAGAUCCAUCCAUCUUCUAAUCAACUCUGACCUGUUUACCUGUCCAUGCCAACAAAAAGCAUCCUAUCAGCAUGAUGCUGCCACCACCAUGCUUUACUUUAGGGUUUGUGUGUUCAGGAUGAUGAGCAAUGGAAGUCCACAUCUUGGUCUUAUCUGACCAAAGAACCUUUAACUAAUUCGUCCUUUAGACAGAUUCACCCACUUGGGCUGUGGAUCUCUGCAGCUCCUAGUUUAGGUGGACGGUUGUGUCUUGAUAGGGUUUGCAGUUUUGCCAUACUGUUUCCACUUUUGCGGAUGGAUUGAGCAGUGCUCCACGAGAUGUUGAAAACUCAGGAUGUUGUUUUACAACAAUAUAACACGUCUUUAAAUGUCCCAACAACUUUAUUUAUGACUGUUCCAGUGUGUUCCUUGGUCUUCAUGCUGUAAAUAGUUCAAAUAGCACAAAUACAUUUGAAAAACUCUGUAUACGUGAAUGAAUUAAAAAGACCAUUGAAGUAAAUAG